AUGGGAGAAGCUGAUGAGAUGAAGCUUUUGGAAAGAGUUCCUAUCUCAAAACCUCCAUUCGAGUUAAGUGAUCUUAAGAAAGCUAUACCACCACACUGUUUCAAAUUAUCACUUAUACGCUCAUUUGCCUCCCUCUUUCAAGACAUAUUCAUUAUAAGUAGCCUUUACUACAUAGCAUCAAACUACAUUCCCCUUCUCCCUCACUCGGUUUCAUACAUUGUGUGGCCACUCUAUUGGAGCUUCCAAGGAAUUAUCCUUGGUAGUAUAUGGACGAUCGGCCACGAAUGUGGUCAUCGUGCUUUCAGUGGUUAUCCAUGGUUAGAUGAUAUUGUUGGUUUCUUAGUUCAUAGUUUUGUCCUCACUCCCUACUUUUCUUUCAAAUAUAGUCACCGUGCACACCAUAGCCACACAAAUUCCAUGGAAUAUGACACGGUCCACGUUCCUUAUAAACGUAGAUCAGACACAUUCAAGAUUCUCGAUAACCCAAUUGGUGUGACUUUAAUGAUCAUGUUUAAGAUUCUUGUUGGUCUUCCAUCAUACUAUCUCUUUAAUCAUUCGGGUAGGAAGUAUGAUCAAGGGUUGGGAAGUCACGUUUAUCCAAAAAGUCCUAUGUUCAAAAAUAAGGAACGUGGCCAAAUAUAUGUCUCGGACGUUGGUAUUUUAAUCGUGCUAUACGCAUAUUACCACGUUGUGCAGACCAAAGGCAUGAUUUGGGCAUUUUAUGUGUAUGGAGCUCCUUGGAUUUUGCAUUCUGGAACUGUAUUUGCUAUUACUUAUCUAAACCACAAUCAUCCAUCAAUACCUCACUAUGAUUCGACUGAAUGGGACUGGAUUAGAGGUGCCUUAUCAACCGUAGAUAGAGAUUUAGGAUUUUUGAACAUGUUAGUCCAUGACGUGCCUCGAAAUCACGUAGUGCAUCAUUUGUUUCCAUCCAUUCCACAUUACCACAGCUAUGAGGCCACCCAGGCUCUGAAGCCAAUAUUAGGUGACUAUUACAAGUGUGAUGCUACUUUUUUGUUUAAGGCCAUAUGGAGAGACAUACACAAGUGCAUUUUUGUUGAGUCUGAUGAUGUUGGAAAGAAAUAUGGUAUUUACUGGUCCAAAAGCAAGACAUGAUAUUUCUAAACAUGUAGUA